AUGUUGCCAAGCGUCGCCUUGGCUCUCUGCAGCUUGCUGGGAUUCAUCGGAAUCGCCAGGGCCAGCCUUCCUGACAAGUACACUGUUGUCGACGUCCAGUGGGACCUCCUUACCGACCUCAACAACCCUAACAGCGCCACCGUCUCGGUCUUUGGCACGAUUCAAGAAGCUGUGGCCCAGAUGGAGGCCCAGUUCCCCGGGUGGAAUGCCACUUUCCAGGCCCAGCAGCCAUCCUAUAGCACCGUGUCCGAUGGAACCGUCUCCGCAGCCGCUCUUUACGAUCGGGACUACUAUCUCUGCGGUGGCCGUGGAAAGGUGACUACCGCUGCCCCCAAGAACGGCCCAGGACCCAACAACUGCGGUCGUGUGUCAUGUGGAUAUAAUGCAGCAAUUUACUGGUGCAACGAUGUCAGUUCUCAAGCUGCUCAACUUGUACGUUACCACUUGAUUUGA